AUGACUUACGAAAACAACACACAUCAGCAGAACGGUGCUGGCGCCGCCGGAAUUGAGUCCAGGUUCGCCAACAUGUCUGUCCAGAACGGCGCCGCUGGCGGUGCUCCUCGCAAGGCCUACGUCCCACCUCACCUUCGUGGCCAGCCGCAGUCGGAGCAGGCCGCUUCGCUCAACUCUUCCGCUGCUACGUUCAGCCCUCGUGCUCCUGCCGCCUUCAACAGCAACGGCCACGACAAUGGCCCCCCUGCCGCUCCUGCCGCCUUCAGCAGCUUCAACCGUGGCGGCCCUCGUGGCGGCGCCGGUGGUUGGGAUACCCCUUCCUCUGGUGGCGGCUACGGUGGUGCCCGCGCGGGCGGUGGUGGCUACGGCGCCGGCCCCCGCAGCGACGGCUUCGGUCAGUGGAAGGACGGCCAGCACGUUCCCGGCCCGCACAACGCUCGUCUGCAGAAGGAGCUCUUUGGCGAGGCCGGCGACGGUCUCCACCAGAGCACCGGUAUCAACUUUGACAAGUACGGUGACAUUCCCGUCGAGGCCAGCGGCCGUGACGUUCCGGACCCUGUCACUGAGUUCACGUCGCCUCCUGUCGAUGCCCACCUGCUCGAGAACAUCAAGCUUGCCCGCUACACCCACCCCACCCCCGUUCAGAAGUACUCGAUCCCCAUCGUUGAACUCGGCCGUGACUUGAUGGGCUGUGCCCAGACUGGUUCCGGUAAGACGGGUGGUUUCUUGUUCCCCAUCCUGUCGGCCCUCUUCACUCACGGUCCUCCUCCCCCCUCGCCCGAGAUGGCCCAGGGUGGGUACGGCCGCAGAAAGGCGUUCCCCAGCACGCUCAUCCUGGCUCCUACUCGUGAGCUUGUCUCGCAGAUUUACGACGAGGCUCGCAAGUUCACCUACCGAUCUUGGGUCAAGCCUGCCGUCGUCUACGGUGGUGCCGACAUUGGCUCUCAGCUCCGCCAGAUCGAGCGCGGUUGCGAUCUUCUCGCCGCUACCCCCGGUCGUCUCGUCGACCUGAUGGAGCGUGGCCGCAUCAGCCUCAGCAACGUCCGCUUCCUCGUACUCGACGAGGCCGACCGCAUGCUCGACAUGGGUUUCGAGCCCCAGAUCCGUCGCAUCGUCGAGGGUGAGGACAUGCCUGGCGUCAUGGACCGCCAGACGCUCAUGUUCUCUGCCACCUUCCCUCGCGACAUCCAGCUGCUCGCCAAGGACUUCCUCAAGGAGUACGUCUUCCUUUCCGUCGGCCGUGUCGGUUCCACUUCGGAGAACAUCACACAGAAGAUCGAAUAUGUCGAGGACGACGACAAGCGCUCGGUGCUGCUCGACGUGCUCGCCUCGAUGCCCAGCGGCGGUCUCACGCUCAUCUUCGUCGAGACUAAGCGCAUGGCCGACAUGCUCAGCGACUUCCUCCUCCGCUCCAACAUUGCCGCCACCUCGAUCCACGGCGACCGAACGCAGCGCGAGCGCGAGCGUGCCCUUGAGCUCUUCCGAUCGGGCAAGACGCCCAUCAUGGUGGCUACUGCCGUCGCAGCUCGUGGUCUCGAUAUCCCUAACGUCACCCACGUUGUCAACUACGACCUUCCCUCGGACGUCGACGACUACGUCCACCGCAUCGGUCGUACCGGCCGUGCCGGUAACACCGGCCACGCCACCGCCUUCUUCAACCGAGGCAACAAGAACAUUGUGCGCGACCUGCUCGACCUGCUCAAGGAGGCCAACCAGGAGGUGCCCCAGUGGCUCGAGGCCGUGGCCCGCGAGAGCAUGUUCGGCGCGAGCGGUGGUGGAGGACGUGGCGGUCGUGGUCGCGGUCGCGGCCGUGGCGGUGCCUCGUCGUUCGGCAGCCGUGACGCUCGUAGCGUUAACGGACCCUCGUCUGGCGCCGGUCGUGGCUUCGGCGGCGGCUACGGUGGCGGUAUGGGCGGUGGCUACGGUGGUGGCAUUGGCGGUGCUGCUGCCUACGGCGGUCCUCCCCCUGCUUCCAACGGCGGCAGCUACGGCGGCAACUCAGGAGGAUCGUGGUGGUAA